AAAAUCUAUUUUGUGUAGAGGAGAAUACGACAAGUCAUACGGGACGUGUGUCCAUAAGGACACCACCACGCGCACCCUCCCCUCUGUAACUCACUCCACCACUCUCACACACCUUCUUCUUCCUCUCCCCCCCCUCUCCUAUUCCAAUUUCCCAAACCCUAAACGCCAAAUGGGCCAGGCACUUCGCCGAGCAGCAGGGAAAGCCCGACCCGGUUCCAGCAUCGAAACGACGUCGUCGUCAAUACCCAAGACCAUCGUCAAUAAGCCGCCUCCGGUGACUCCCCCCGAACCGCCUCCUGAGAUCACCAAACCCGGCGAGGAGGGUUUCGAUUCCGAUGGUGGUGCAGGAGAAGCGGCACCCAAUGCUGAGAAUCUGCUUGAAGAACGCGAUCCGAAGUUCGAUUCCAUGCUUAAUCAGAUGGUGGGUCGGAUCAAAUCAAAGCCCGGAGGCAAACCUGAAAUGGGUGAGGCACAUGUGGUGGAGAAGUACAAGAGGCCACUACCGAAACUGAGGGAUACGAAACCGGAUUCCGGUAGGUUUGAGGAAAGAGCUGCUCCUCCGGGGACUCUGAACGUGGCGCAGCUGCGGCACAUUAUACUAUUGCAUCAGGGCAAGGCUGAGGAUCACAAUGGCCCAAUGGAGGUGCAGAGAAUUGCAGACAAGUUUCGGGUUGAUGUCGCCGAGGUUAAGAGGAUUGUGCAAUUUGUGUCACUGCCUCCUGAGGAUACCAGCAAACAGAAGAAAAACCCUUGAAGACUUGAGAGCUGUGGUUUGAUCUUCUGCACUACUAACUGGGUUUUAUGUUGAAUAAGGAAAUUUGAAGAUGAGUAUAGCAAACCAUGACAAUGGUAGGAAUUUGCUCGCUGCUUAGACUCAUAGAGCAAGUGUUAGAGAAUUCUAUAUUUUCCACGGUAUCUGAAACAUGUAGGAUUUUUGUAGCUAGUGCUUGGUUUCCAAGUCAGGCAAAAGGUUGCAACUGUGAUGAGAGGCUUUUGAUUUGAAUACAAGAUGAUAAAUCUGUUUCUCUA